AUGUCUGUCAUCCUCCAAGAUGGGAAAAUAACGGCGAUCCAGCCCACGGCGUCCGUGCCACCACCAUUUAAAAACCUCCCAACCACGACUGUCCCGGUACUGAUGCCCGGGCUGUGGGACUGUCACAUCCACCUGCUGGGCAGCAAAACGUUCAACUUCUCUGAGAUCGCGACCCAGUCGACGGCACUGGCUGGCGCCAGAAUCGCCCGGAAUGUACACGACAUCCUGAUGAGCGGGUUCACCUCGGUGCGCGAACUGGCCGGCUAUGGUCUCGAAGUCUCCAAGGCGAUUGAAGAAGGCACGCUCGUUGGGCCGAACAUAUACUCUUCGGGCGCCGCCAUAUCCCAGACGGCAGGCCAUGGGGACGUUUUCGAUCUGCCCUGGGGAUUCGUCACCUCUCUCUUCGGGGUGAGGGACACUCAGGCGAACGGGCUCGCCGCGGGUACCGGACCGAUGAUUAUCGCUGACGGGGUGGACGAGUGUCGACGUGCGGUGCGCCUCCUGGUCCGACGAGGGGCCAAGUGUAUCAAGGUGUUUGCGAGCGGGGGCGUGCUGAGCAUCGCGGACGAUCCUCUGCGUCAACAGUUCUCGCUCGAUGAAUUGAAAGUGAUCGUGGAAGAGGCCCAGCGUGCCGGUCGUGUCGUGGGCGCGCACUGCCAUGGCAAGGACGGAAUCAUGGCCGCGUUACACGCGGGUGUGCACAGCAUCGAACACGGGACGUACAUGGACGAGGAAUGCAUCGAGCUCAUGAAGAAGCAAGGCACCGUGUACGUGCCGACGCGGACGAUUGUGAAAGUCGGCGUGGAUCAUCCGGAGCUCAUGUCGCCAGAGUCGUACCGGAAGAUGCUAGAGACAGCGCGCUACCACCGCGCGGCGUACCGCUUAGCCGUGAAGUCCGGCGUCAAGAUCGCGCUGGGUACCGAUUUGGGCAUCAGCACGCCCGCGACUCACCCGCUGGCGCACGGCCAAAGUGGCGGUGAACUCGCCUAUGCGGUCAGCGACGGCGGCAUGGAGCCCCUGGAGGCCAUUGAAGCCGCCACAGCCAUGGGGCCUGAGGUGCUCGGGGACCUGGGCAUGGCGCCCAAGAGCGGCAGGAUCGAAGUCGGGUACGAUGCCGACCUGAUCGCCUUGAGCGCGAACCCUUUGAAAGAUAUGGACUUGUUCAAAGAGCCCAAGAAUAUCACGCACGUGUGGAAGGGCGGGCGGCUGUUCAAGAGUCCCUAG